AGAAAGAGUCAAAGAGAGAGAAGGGAGCGAGGAAGGAAGGCAAACGUCCAAGCGUGGAACAGGUUCUCCCUGGCACUAACUCGGCCUCACUCAGCAGACAUGUCCAACUUUGCCGGCACCUGGAAGAUGAAGAGGAGUGAGAAUUUUGAUGAACUUCUCAAAGCUUUGGGCGUGAACGCCAUGCUGAGGAAGGUGGCGGUGGCGGCGGCCUCCAGUCCCCACGUGGAGAUCCGGCAGGACGGCGAGCAGUUCUACAUCAAGACGUCCACCAGCGUGCGCACCACAGAGAUCAACUUCCACAUCGGGGAGGAGUUUGACGAGGAGACGGUGGACGGGCGAAAGUGCAAGAGCCUCGCCACCUGGGAGUCGGAGAACAAGAUCUACUGCAAGCAGACUCUGGUGGACGGCGAAGGACCAAAAACCUUCUGGACCCGCCAACUGAACGGCGACGAGCUCACGCUGAUUUUCGGGGCAGACGACGUGCUGUGCACUCGCAUUUACGUGCGGGAAUGACGCUUCUAGACCGGAAGGACUCAUCUGGGACCAUAACUCAAUAGCUAACAUGCUAACACCUACAGUUAUUACAGUAUAGUCUCCAAACAAACGCUAGUAACACGUCUGUAGUCAACUCUCUCGUCUUUGUUGCACCGAUAUUCAACGACAGAAACCAAUAAAACUUUGACAGAAAAAAUAACACAAAUGACACAAACUUUCUUGUGUUCGCUUCAAGGCUAACAAUGUAGACAUGUCUCAUAAAUAAAAAGUGAAGUGAAGAAUGAAGAUGCAGGGGUAACUACAGUAAGUGGUGUAGAGUCCAACCCUCUAAUGGACUAACAAGACUACAUGAUUGUAGACGACCACAGUGUAUCCCUCUGUUCCCCACUGCCUCAGAAAGCAAACGGUACGGUCCUGUUUGUCUACAGUCAUAUUAAUCAGAAUGAUAACUAACAAACAACUACAACUACUUUUUAACGUUCUUUACUGCCAUACAAGUGUAAAAAUAUAACCACUGUUAAUAUUGAGACAAU